AUGUAUUUUCGUCAAAAAUGGUCAGAUCCUCGUCUACAGCACUCGUAUCCGUCGGUCAAAGUGGUCGGCAGUCAAUCGUUUAUCGAUCGGGUGUGGAUUCCGGACACUUUCCUACCGAAUGCCGACUCGAUUACCACUGUUUCGAUACCGACUCCCACUUCGUUUGCAAUGAUUGAAUCCAAUGGCACUGUGUUGGGGUUGGACGUCUAUGGCUAUUCAAUGAAGGAUGUCGACUUUGAAUGGGCUAAAGGUGACCAAUCGGCAGGUAUUACCACUGAUAUUGAAACCAUUGGUGGCUAUAAAUUUAGUGGUAAAUCAAUUGAUAAAAAAGUGGAAAAACUAAGCAGCGUGAUGGCAAACACGAAAAAGGAAACACCAAUUAAGAAGAAUCUCGACCGCCGAAAAGCACUCCAGUUGCUAUUAUUCUUAAUGAUAUGGAGCAUAUAUUUCGGGUCCUUAAUAAGUUACGUUCGGGAGAAGGUGUCCAACGGAAGCCCGGAACCGGCAGACCUCAAAUUUUGA